AUGUUGAGCUCUUUCGUUCAGAAGUUCAUUGAUCAAUCCCCUCUUGCCGCCAUCAAUGACAACCGUCCUUCCAAGGCUGCCCUGUUUCGAGAGCAAUUCAGACUCCCCGCCGGCCAGAACCCCCUCCAUGAAAUCACUGCUGAACUCUUCCUUCCACUCCCAUCCACCCCAGCCAGAACCCCUGUCACCUCCGGCGAAAAGUCAAAGGAUUAUGGCAACAAAUACAAUGGAGAACUACACUUGAGUGAACACUUCCUCUGCUUUUCCACCAUUCGAACUAGUUUUCUGCCCUCCGCGAGCAAUAGUGCUUCGACCUCGUUCACUGGUCCCACUCAGGGCUCGGGGCCUGGCGGUCAUGGCUUUACUCUUCCUCUAUGUUCGAUUCGUAGGGUCGAAAGGCUCAAUAGCAAUCAGGACAAGUUCUCACUAGCUCUCACCACCAUUGACUCCAUUCAAAAGCUUUCCAUAGAGAAAUCCACAUUUCUCAAUCCGCCUCCUCGAAAGUUGGUCUUGAAUCUAGAAGGAAGUCGGGUUGCUUGCGAGCGCUUCUGCGAUGGUUUAAAAAAGGGCCUAAGAGAGGGCAUGAAAGAAGCCGAUGCUUUACGUGCGGUGGUGGCCCAAUGCUACUCGGAAUAUCUCUUGGAUCCGGCAAGAAUCAAGGCCAAGGAGGAAGGCACCCAAGCCCCCGAACCACCCGAUACUGGCCUCGGAAUACUCUUUCGCUAUCCCGGAGAUGCUCGAAAGCUCCGAGAUAGAAGUAAAAUCAGACUGUGGGGUGAGUACAUGCGAGAAAAUGGCCGGAAUGCCACUAUUGUCCGUCAACCCACCUUUCAUAAGCUUAUACGUGUCGGUCUGCCUAAUCGACUCAGAGGUGAGAUAUGGGAAGUCGCCUCGGGCUCUUUCUAUACCAGGCUCAGAAAUCCCCACAUGUACAACAAAGUGCUGGAAAAAUUCACCGGCAAAGGCUCUUUGGCCAUUGACGAAAUUGAAAAGGAUUUGAACCGAAGCCUUCCCGAAUACCCUGGAUUUCAAAGUGAUGAAGGCAUCGGCCGCCUGAGGCGAGUUCUUACAGCGUACAGCUGGACCAAUGAGGAAGUCGGCUAUUGCCAGGCUAUGAACAUCGUCGUGGCUGCACUUCUUAUAUACAUGUCUGAACCUCAGGCAUUUUUCAUCCUCGGAGCCUUGUGCGACAGAUUACUUCCAGGUUACUACUCCAAGGAUAUGUACGGCACUCUCUUGGACCAACGUGUUUUCGAAAAUUUGGUGGAGAGAACUAUGCCUGUUCUAUGGGAACACCUUGUCAAAUCCGAUGUCAACUUAUCCGUCGUCUCGCUACCCUGGUUUUUGUCUCUGUACAUAAACUCCAUGCCCCUUGUUUUCGCCUUCCGGGUCCUAGAUGUCUUCUUCCUGGAAGGUCCGAAAGUUCUUUUUCAGAUUGGUCUGGCUAUCCUUCGUAUAAAUGGUGAGGAAUUACUCGAUGUCACCGAUGACGGCGCCUUUAUCUCGAUAUUAAAGAACUACUUCUCAAGACUAGACGAGUCUGCUCACCCACAUUCAGAGAAUGAAAAGUUGAAGGCAAUCACUAGGUUCCAGGAGCUGAUGGUAACAGCCUUCAAGGAGUUUGCAGGUAUUACACAUGCUAGUGUGGAGGAAUUGAGGGCAAAACACAUCGAUAAUGUAAAAGAAGGUCUUGCAACCUUCGCUAAGCGAACUUCAAUCAGAAAUCUUGGUCCAGAGAGCAAGAAGUUGAGCGCCGAAGAUCUCAGCGUUAUCUAUGACCGCUUCUUCGGCGUUUUGUCUGAGAGACAACAGCGCUCAAAGGCCCGGGAUGAAGAGAGAAAAAAGCAAGAACAACAGAGGACUCGUCCUAGCAUAUUCUCCCAGCACUCAUACCCUAAUCAUGAUGAACCGUCAAAGAACGAGUCCCCUCUCCAAACCAUGGAGUAUGACGGCUUUCGGGAAUUCUUGGCCAACACUGCCAAAUGGGCAGUAACAGAUUCACCGUCUUCUCCAGCAAAGGAGAUUGCGAGCCCUUUGGCAAGCCAGAGGAAACGAGGCAAGACCAUUUCACAAUGGGGCUCUGGCCCGGAGCCCGCUGAUCAUGAUUUCAUGCAAAGGCUAUAUGGAAAAUGGGAUGAAUCUCAUGAAGGGCUGAUGACUUUGCAACAUCUGGUUCGCGGCCUCGCGCAAUUCAAGGGUACCACCGAUAUCAUGAAUUCCAUGAGCCUCUUCUUUGAUCUUUUCGACGAUGAAGGGACUGGCAAAGUUGACCGCGAAGGCAUCCUGCGGAUGUCAGAAUCUCUCUUGUUUCUUUCCAGGCGAGGAUUCGAUGGAACCAUCAACCCAUCGGAAUCAAACGGGACGACUCCUGUGUCGGCUGGUGUCGAUUCAAGGGAAAGUCUCAAGAUGAGCACGAAUGAGAAGUUCUUGGGCUCAGUCAGCGCUUUCAUUCGAAGAUGUUUCGAGUAUGCAGAUCCAGAUCAACCCAACGACCCCAUUGAGAGCACCAGCUCCAAACUUGAGGCUACAACUAUUGAUGACGCCGAUCAAGAAGACUUAUUGGAUCUGUCUGAGACGAAGUCGCAUAGCAAGUCGAUCGCGUCCCCAAGAAUCACUGACAAGGAUCCUUUAUCUAUCUCGACUCCUCCUGAUACGCCGUCUCUAUCUAUUCCAGAACAGGGCAAGAGAAAUAGCUCUUCCCGAGCCGCAUCUCAUAACCUUGCUUUGGAUCCCAAUAAACCUUUGCAUAUCACCUUGCCCACUUUCCGCAUGGUGAUAUUGGCCGAUGAGUUACUCGAGCAGUUCUUCGAAACAUUCUUUCCCCAGUCAUUCCGGCUCAGCGAUUCACCAAAUGCAAGCACUCUGUCAUUACCGUCCAGCACCUUAUCCGGCAACCUAACUACAUUCAGUAACUUCGGCACACCAGUCAAGAACCUCAUCAAUGGAGCAUCUAACAAGACUGUAAUCGAUGUUGGAACAGCCGGUGGUGUGGUAGAGCCAGGAUCCCGAGGUCUCCGAGGCGUACUGGACAACAUCGUUAACGACGGAAUGCGCAUGGCCGCUGAAAUGAGAAAGAGAAUGGACGAAGCUCAGAAAGAAUACGAUCGACAGCUGAGAGAGCAAGGACAAAGACCGUACAGAGAUGACGACGACGAUGACGACGAAGACGACGAAAAGGGAACAGAACUAGGCAAGAGAGACCAGGAACUUCUCGAAGGUGCAGAGGUCGCAAGUAUCAAGACGUACCGCAGUGACGAGGGGCCAAGAAGUCGGGCGCAAAGCUCCGUCAGCAGUGCCAGUGGGACGCUGAGCAGGAAGGGCAGUCAUGGUGUGAGCAUUUUGGAUCUGGAUGAGACUCCGGGUCCGAACCCGUAG